AUGACUACUGCUAACAUUUCACCAAGCACGGAAAAUGCGCCAUUGGUUGCUACUAUUGAUCAGUUACAGGGGGUUAUUGAAAAUUUUAUAGAGUUGGGUGUUUUAGUACACGACAACCAAGGAACUCAACAAUCGCACACUGCACUUAUUCAUAAAACAAACCAAUUGAUAGGUCAGUUGGGAUCUUUGGAGCUGAACACAGAUAACGAGCAAUAUCCAAUUCCUAUAGAUGUACUAACAUAUAUUGAAGAUGGCAGAAACCCUGAUAUAUAUACGAGAGAGUUUGUAGAACUGACCGCUAAGAGUAACGCUAAGUUAAAGGGUAGAAUGCAGGCAUUUGCUCAAUUGAGAGACGUUUUGGGGGAAAAAUUGGUGCAAGAGCUUCCCAGAUUGAAAGACAGUGUAGAGGAAAUCAAGGCUAAAACCAGUUAG